GACAGACACACAGCCGGGCUGACGACGCCCCAGCAGACGACACACUGUCGGACGCAGCAGACGACGCGUCGCGUGGUGGCGUCACGGCGUCACGGCCUUCUGGAAUCGAACCGCCCUCCGCGCUGCCGUGCGUCGCCGCGUUCAAGUAGUCGAAUGGGUUGCCCGGCGGCCGAGCCGAGCCAGCCCAGCUAGCGGACAGCUAGCGGACAGCGCGCGCGACGACCGGGACGUGUUCGUGCGUGAGUGCUUUCGUCAACUGCUGCCAACUGCAGGACAACACACCGGUGCGCAGCAUCCACCUCGACAGUGUCCAUGACGAGGAGCGGCGCGCACGGCGCGCACGGAGUGACAGCCUCUGGCCUGCCAGGCCUGCCAACCAGCAGCGUCAUCGUCGCCACGGCGGCAGUCUCGGCCGCGGUCUCGCCGGCCGACGCUUCAGACAUGGACACCCACAUGCAGUUCCCCAGCCUGGCGCUCCGCUCCCCCGGCUCCGACCACGGCAACGCCAUCGACUACACCAAGGACGAGGACACGACGUCCCCUGCGUGGUCGUCCGCUCCAUGGGCCACUUCGCCCGGGUCCCCGGGGCCGAGCGCCGGCCUGUCCGGCGGCCUCUCCGGCGGCCUCUCCGGCGGCGUCCUGGUGCUGGGCAACCAGGGCCUCGGGCAGGGCCUCGGGCAGGGCCUCGGCCCGGACUUCAGACUCGUCCGCGGCGGCGCGUCCCUGGCCGAGUCCAUGGAGGGCCUGGGGCCGGCUGACGGGGACCUGGCGGACCCGCCGGAGAGUCCAGACACAGACGGCGACGUGGCCAUGUCGGUGGGGCCGGGCGUGGCGGCGGGCAGUGUGCAGGCCACCCUUCAGGCGUCGCUAGCGUCGCUGGGCAGCGCGGCGGGCGGCGUCAUGAACCAGCACUGCUCCAUCUGCGGGGACCGCGCCACCGGCAAGCACUACGGCGCCGCGUCCUGCGACGGCUGCAAGGGCUUCUUCCGCCGCUCCGUGCGCAAGAACCACGUGUACACGUGCAGAUUCAGCCGGACGUGUGUGGUGGACAAGGACAAGAGAAACCAGUGCAGAUACUGCCGGCUACGGAAAUGCUUCAAAGCUGGAAUGAAAAAAGAAGCCGUCCAAAAUGAGAGAGAUCGCAUCUCGUGUCGCCGAACUAGCUACGAGGAGCAGUCCAAUAACAGCAGUCUGUCUGUCCCUUCCCUCCUCAACGCGGAAAUGCUGUCAAGGCAAGUCGGGGCUGCCCUGGAGGCCAACGAUUGCGACCUGUCCAACAAGCAGGUGGCCAACAUCAAUGACGUGUGCGAGUCGAUGAAACAGCAGCUUCUGUUCCUCGUGGAGUGGGCCAAGUUCAUCCCCGCCUUCACCGAGCUGUCGCUGGACGACCAGGUGGCGCUGCUUCGCGCGCACGCGGGAGAGCACCUGCUGCUGGGGCUGGCCCGCCGCUCCCUGCACCUCACCGACGUGCUGCUGCUCGGCAACAACUGCAUCGUGCCGCGCUACUCGGCCGACUCGUCCGUGCCGCCCGACCUGGACAUCUCCCGCGUCGGCACGCGCGUCAUGGACGAGCUGGUGCGCCCCCUGCGCGAGGUGCAGAUCGACGACUCGGAGUUCGCCUGCCUCAAGGCCAUCGUCUUCUUCGACCCCAACGCGGCCGGCCUGAACGAGCCCCAGCGCGUCAAGUCGCUGCGGUACCAGGUGCAGAUGAACCUGGAGGACUACAUCAGCGACCGGCAGUACGACCCCCGCGGCCGCUUCGGCGAGAUCCUGCUGACGCUGCCGGCCCUGCAGAGCAUCACCUGGCAGAUGAUCGAGCAGAUCCAGUUCGCCAAGCUGUUCGGCGUCGCCAGGAUCGACUCCCUGCUGCAGGAGAUGCUGCUUGGAGUGGCUGUCUACGUUGUCGCAGGCGCCUCGGCGGAGACCGUGGCGACCGGCUCGGCGGCCUCCAGCACGACGCCGGCGACGGCCGUGGCCACGGACUCGGUGGCCAGCGCCAGCAACGGCACGGACACGCCGGGGCGCCACCCUGCCGCCAGCUACCCGGGCAGUCCGGGCAGCCCGGCCAGCCCGACGGGCACCCCGAGUCCCGGACACCCUGCCACCAACGGGCACCGCUCCCCCGUCGACCUCCACCCCGAGCUGUACCCGCUGGCCUUCAAGCAGGAGCCGGAGUCCACCUUCUAGGGGAGCCCGGCCAUCCUUGUGUGCGGCGUGUCAAUCCUAGGUCUAAGUUCGACGUGUUUCGGCCAGGGCGCCCAGCGCCCAUCGCCGAAGUACGCCCAGUCCUCGGCGUCGCGGCUUGAGGACCAGCCAACAAGCUGGACGGACAAUUAAAUUAAUAGUGUGUAAAUGAAGUUGUAAUUCGUUUUCAAUUGAAGGGGAAACGUUGCGCUGGUUCCAGAGUGGUGGACCUCGAGCCAUCUCCCGUCAUCCAUGUAGAAAUUAUUUUCUUACUGGGAGUGAGCAGCUCGCGAUGUCUUCCAAUAGCAAAUGUUAUUGAGCAGGUCUCCAUGAUGAAUUGUUUGUACAUAAAUUAAAGGAGUAUAGUUCGUUAAAAAGCCGUGAAUGAACUGUGGGGGCGGCACCGAUAGUCUCAAGGGAAAGGCGAAAAUAUGGACUGUCCUUUUCUCAAAAUAAUUGUUUUUGAUAAAACUGUACCUCUUGAUUAUAUUCCCUUCACUUGAACUCUGAAGGAUGCAGGUGACAGUGUGCCAAAAUAAUCAUUGUAAAUCAGUGACCAGUCUGUAAACGCUCUCUGAAUGAGUCAUUAAUAAUAUUUUUCUACUACAAUUGUGAAUGUGGGUAAGCUUUUUGGCUUGCAAAGUUUCUGCAUCAUCAUUGUGCUUGAUGGUGUUGCUGUCAGUUUUGUUUGCUCAGCAUUUUCGCAUUUCUACUUUUUAGUGGAAACCCUUUUGUUUGCUCAAUUAAUUCUAAUGCCACUGGCUCUGUCAAAUGAAUCCCACUGUAAGUUUGAUAGACUCGGUUACAUUGUAAGAUUUUGCCUGCCAAAUAACAGGGUACUUUUAAAACAUUCCAAAGAAACAAGGUCAUACUCGGUCCCGAAAAGUGUAACAAAAUGUAUUCUAUUUUUGUUUAGUUUUUGUUUUGCUCAACGUAUUGUAAGGCUUUGGCAGCGGGGAGUUGCUGAUCUCCAGCUAGCCAAAGGUUGUGGCUCUUAGCCAAUUAGCGCAGGAAAAGGAUGGAAAGUGUGUAUUGAAUAAUUGAAAUAAAUAGGUGUGUUAAUAAAA